UGGGGUAACGGUGUGUGGAAUAUUGUGCUAGUGUUUUACGCUUGUGUUUGAAAUAUAAUAUUACAUAUUUUAAUCCAGUUAUGUAGUUGUGGCGUGAUAAAAAAUAGUAUACAGAAAAAGAUACAUUUCCGUAAUAUUAAUACCGUUUAUAUUGGUAUAAACGGUAAACGGUGUAGUGAUCACUGUGUACAGGACUACAUUUUCACGUCUGUGCUCAACAUAAAAUGGAUUAUCGUCCAAAGAUGGUUUUGGCUUCUCAACAAAAGUUUCAUGCCAGCGACGAUGAUGAUGAAGACUUGGAUGCUUUACGUUUAGCUGCACUUCAGUCAUUAGGGACUAAAGAUAAUUCACAUAAAAAACAGCCCUUAACACAACUACAUAAUGUUGUACCGCAAGUAACACAAAUUGCACGACCAUCAUAUAAAUUGCAAAGAAUACCAAAAAGACCCCACUUCCAUAAUAGGAUACAACCAAGACAAAAUGGGAUCGUGUAUUAUCAAAGCCAUCGGAAUCCAAAUCUCAUAGCUAUUGUUCCUGUUGAAGAACAUCCAGAGAUACAAAAUGUCGAAGCAACUUCUGCUGCGAAAGAAGAAAAGACUGAAACUUGUACCGAAGUGAAAGAAACUGAUGAAUCUAAGUUUCAUCGGUACAAGGAUAGUAGAAGCGGAUCCGAAGAAGAUGAUCGCAAGAGUAAUACGAACAAUUUGGUUCCAGUGAAAGAAGAAUCUAUUAAAACUAGUAGUGUAGAAAAUGAAACUGUUGCUGCUAAUCAGAAUAAAGAAAAUAAGUUAGAAGUUGUAGAUGAAUCAAAGAAACAAGAAGAAAAAGAAGAGAUCAAAAACAAUGACGACGACGAUGAUGACGACGUGUUGUUCAUGGCUGAUUCGGAGGAAGAAGAUAGUUUAGAACGAUUGAUGGAUGAAAUGGAACGUGAAAUAAACGUACCUGUUGAAAAGAAAGAUAAAGACUCACAAAACCAAAAUAAUAAAUCUAGCCUCGAUAAAAAUGCCAUUAAUGAAACAAAAAAGAACGAAGACAAUGGUAAUAGAAAAGAAAGUAAUAAUCAUGCUACGUCUCUGACAACAAAUGUUAGAUGUGAAAAAAGAUCAGUGUCUCCACAUAUGACAAGUGGAAAUUUACAAAAGCGAAGAUCCUUGUCACCAAAGUCUAGGAGUAGAAAAAGAUCUCCUAGAAGGUCUCCUCGUAGAUCACCUUUGAGACAAGUUAAAAAAUCUUUAAGAGAAACGAGCAAAUAUAAGUCUCCAGUUAGAAGAUCUCCUUAUAGAAAAUUAUCACCAAGAAUGAGAUCACCUAGAUUAUCUCCACAUUCUAGAUCUCCUAAAUUAUUGAGAUCUAGAUCACCAAGAUUAUUGUCACGUUCACGAUCACCUCCUAGAACUAAUCGUUCUCCUAGAAUAACUUCGAGAUCACCUAGACAUACUCGUUCACGAUCUCCGAUGAGAUUGUCACCUCGAUCGAGAUCACGUUCAAGAACUAUUUCACCACAUCGAUUGUCUCCGUCGACGAAAAGAAUCUCACCUAGGUCUCGUUCACCGGGAUAUUCUCCUAGAAGAGUAUCACCCCGUAGAAUGUCACCUCAUAAAAUAUCACCAAGACGAUCACCUUGGUCAUCACCCAGAAAUUCUCCUCGUCUUUCACCAAGACGUAGGAAAUCACCUAGAGUAUCGCCAAAAGAAUUAUCAAGAAAACGUGGACCAUGUUCCAUAAGUCCUGAAAACAAUUUAAAUUCAAUAUACAUACGGGAAUCACCACCAAUGCAUAAACGAAGAUCUCCUGAUUCUUAUAGAGAUAAAACUAAACAAAAAGAAGAUAAUUUUGAAAAGAUUGAUUCGAGUGACAUUAAAGAAUCAAUUAACAAUACGAUAAAUGAUCCAAUCUUGGAAGCACGUAGAAGAAAAUUUGAAUCUACAAGACCGAUAGAUCCAUUAUUGGAUAAUAAAAAAAUUAAAUUAAGUAAUAAUACAAAUAAAAAGCAAGAAGUGGUAGAAAGGACACAUUCUACAAUUAACAUUAAGAAAAUAAAUAAAUUAACAGAAGAUGAUCACAAUAUUAGAGAUAGAGAUAGAGAUUUGUGUUUGGAUACCAGUUAUGAAUUUGAAGAUUUGGAAGAUACUAUGGAAAAUUCUUCCCCAAUUGGUAUCAGCAGUUCCAUUAAUUCCUGUAUAAUCGUUGAUUCGUCUAAAACAGAAAAAGAGAAGUCUUCUAAAAAGAAGAAAAAACGUGACAAGGAAAUAUACCAAGUUGGUAAAUUGAAAAGUGAACUGCCAUUGUCAGAACGCAUUGGAAAAGAUAAGAAAUGUAAGAAAAGGAAAGAUAUUUCUGAAGUACAACCUGAAGAGGUUGAUGCUAUAUUUGAAGAUAUAGCUGUUGAUGAAGAAGGUGAUUUAAGAGCUGAACUUAGCAGAAGACGUGCCGAACGAUUAAACAGAUCUGCACCAAUACAAUCAGCGAGGCUAGUACAAUCAGCUUUUAAAGGAGUUGUUAAUGAUGUUGUAAAGAAUAAUGCAAAAGUCAAUCAGAGGCAUGUAAUCAAAAAUGAUGAGAAAGUUAAUCAAAAAGAUGUCAGACGUGUUACUGUCGUCAGAUCUGUGCCGGAACUGCAUGAUUCUGGAGACGAAAGCAAUCUAGACUCAAAGAUGCCAGUUCGAUUCAGACUAGGUCUUAACAAACAAGUUCAAGACACAAGAGAAACGAAAGUUUCACGAAAGACAUCCAAAAGACAGAAUCGCAAGGUAAAACACAAAAGUAAUUUGACUUAUAACCAUCCUGAAAAUAUUUUGUAGUAUUAUAUCAUUUAAAAUUAAUUGUAUAAAUAUAUUAAGCACAUCCUAGCUUUAUGAAUAGAAAAGAAAAAACAAAAGAAGAAAAAAAAAAGAAUAACAACACACAAUUUUUAAGAGAUUAAUUUCGAUGCAAAUUAGCACAACCAAUAUGCUCAAUAUAACAAUAAUAUCAUUAAA